AUGGAUGGUGCUAGCAAGAAGAGAAAACUUUGCCAUGACGAUCUUGACGAAGAAAAUGAAGAAGAAAAGAUGGAGAAAUUCUUUGCUCUCAUCAAGAGCAUUCGCGAGGCUCGUGAUCGAAUGAUGAAUGGUUCAGAUCCCGCAUUGAAGCUGGAGAAAGAUACCACGAACAGGAAGAGAAAACUUGAGGGAGAGCAAAAGCAGGUUACUGUUUGGAAGCCCUCGUUUCAACGUGAAGACUUCAUGGAAGAGACUGAGAAGUUAAGGGACCCCCCAGCUGCAGUUGUGUCCACCUUUGCGGAUUCUUCUCAAGGAAAGGAAGUUAUACCUGAGAAAGAUGAGCAUAAAGAGAGCUUAGACCUGAACCUUUCACUUUAG